CUGAACGAGUCCACGGGAGGACAGAGCUCCACGAAUCCCGAGAAUCAUUGACACGGGGGGUGACUAUGUGCCUUAUAGAGCCAGGAUUCCCGCGGAGGUAGAGCGGCGUGAGAGGCAGCGCUAUGGAGAGAAAGGCUGAGGAGAAUGGGAAAGAGGAGGCGGGCUAGACAGUCUGGCGGACAGGUGCAGCGCGAGAGGAAACCAAACGUGGAGCCAUGGAUUCAAGAAAAGAAAACAAGGGACGAAAACAGCCCAUGAAGCCCAACAAGCGCAAGGAGAACAAGCAGAAAACAGGCGCGUUCAUCCGGAGGAAAUCUCUGCGCUCGCUGGGGCAUUUCAUGGGCAGGAUCCUUAAAAGUUUGGGCACUUUAGCGCACUUUGGAGAGCCGGCGCACACGCAGGAGACCGAGGAUGACGACGGGGGGUUCGGACAGAGCGGCACGGGGGGGUUUAAGGACGCGCGCGACACUUCCAGGGAAUCUAAGAAAAGCGGCGCCGCGUCCUCCGCGUCUCAGGGCGCAGCCAAAGAGCGUCUGUCCCUGUCCUACGGAGACAAGACCCCGGGCGCGCAGGGGCUGAAGAACCACGGGAACACCUGCUUCAUGAACGCCGUGGUCCAGUGUCUCAGCAACACCGACCUGCUGGCGGAGUAUCUGGGGCUGGGGCAGUACAGGACGGACGUGGGGGGGCAGAGGAGGGCGGUCAGCGCGGGGGACGGCGCCGCGGAGGACGCGCGGGGAGAAGUCACGGAGCGACUCGCGUCUCUGGUCCGCGCGCUGUGGACUCUGGAGUACACGCCCCAGCUGUCUGUGGAGUUCAAGAGCAUCGUGUCCAAGUACGCCUCACAGUUCCGGGGGAAUUCCCAGCACGACGCUCUGGAGUUCCUGCUCUGGGUCCUGGACAGAAUUCACGAGGACGCUAACCCUCGCCACAACAACAACAACAGCAGCGGCGGCGCCAGGGCCAAGAGCAACGCAAAGGGAUCCGGCUCUUUGGAGGAGUCGCUCCCACAGCAGCCGAGAGGACGACACAGCUUUGUGCAAGAACAUUUCCAGGCACAGUACAGGUCCUCUCUGACGUGUCCUCAUUGCCUUAAGCAGAGCAACACCUUCGACCCGUUCCUCUGCAUCUCUCUGCCCAUCCCGCUGCGCCAGACCAGGCCACUGUGUGUCACCCUCGUCUUCAGCACAAAGGGUCAGAGGUACGUGCGAGUGGGGCUGGCCGUGCCUUUGUUUGGGUCCAUCUCCAGCCUGAGGAGCAUGGUGGCCGAGGAGGGCGACCUCUCCCCCGAUCAGGUGAUUCUGGCGGAGCUGUACUCCACCGGGUUCCAGCGAUCCUUCUCAGACGACGACGACCUGACGGCCAUCGCUGACAGUGAUGUGGUCUACGCCUUUCAGGCUCCGCCCAUUUAUAACCGCUCUGGCUCCACAUCAGUCUCAGGGUUCCACCACAGCCUCCCGUCCUCGCCGUACUCCACUGACUCGGACGGACACAGGCUGCCUUCGACCGGAGCGGUGUCCUCGGAGUAUCUCAACCACAGCUCAGCCAGUAAAGUCCUGCUGCUCAUCUGUAACACGAGCGGGUGUGGUCAGCAGGCCGUCAGGUUCGGGCCGCCGUUCCUCAUGCGGGAGGACAGGAGCGUCUCGUGGGAGCAGCUGCAGCAGAGCAUCCUCAGCAAACUCUAUUAUCUGAUGCUGAACGGCUCCCAGGCUCAGAACGCCGGGCUUCUGUUCAAGAUCAGAGUUGUGGGCGGGUCUUCGUCGUACAGUUACCUUUCGCCGCAGGACAAUAAACCUCUGCUGCACCCGGCCGUCGACAGAGCCCUGAGGUUUUGCGGCCCCGGUGGACCUCCUCACGUCAAACUCGUCAUCGAAUGGGACUACAAGACGAAAGAAUGUUUGUUCGGGAGCAUCCAGGAGGAGGUGGUGAAGGAUGCGGAGAGCGUGAGGGCCCAGCAGCAGCAGCACCUGCAGCAGCACACCUGUACACUGGACGAGUGCUUCCAGCUCUACACCAAAGAAGAACAGUUGGCCCCAGACGACGCCUGGAAGUGUCCUCACUGUAAACAGCUGCAGCAGGGCAUGGUCAAGAUGAGUCUGUGGACGCUCCCCGACAUCCUCAUCCUCCACCUCAAACGCUUCCGACAGGUCGGCGAGAGGAGGAACAAACUGACCACCCAGGUGCAUUUCCCCCUGUGCGGGCUGGACAUGGCUCCUCACGUGGUCAAGAGGAGCCACAGCACCAAGAACCUCAACAACGGACCCUGGCCGUCGUCAUGGAGACAGAGCCAGCAGCCCGGCGACCUGACGCUGCCCCACGACUACCUGUACGACCUGUACGCCGUGUGCAACCACCACGGAGGAAUGCACGGCGGGCACUACACAGCUUACUGUCGAAACUCCGUGGACGGGCAGUGGUACAGCUACGACGACAGCAGCGUGGAUCUGGUCCCCGAGGAAGAGGUUUGCACGAGAGGAGCCUACAUCCUGUUCUACCAGAGACGGAACAACAUACCUCCAUGGUCGGCCAGCAGCUCCGUCAGAGGCUCUACAAGUUCCUCCAUGUCAGAUCACUGGCUGAUCCGUCUGAACGGGGACAGUAAGAGAGGAAGUCUUGUGUCCCGAUCGUCCACUGCCUGUCCGUCUUCCUUACCAGACUCUCCCGUGUCUCCAGUCUUCUCCGACAGCGACUCCAAGGAAGAACGAGGUGGAUUUGAGAAGAGGCCGUUUGUGCGUGGGCUCCAGGGUCGUAGCUUAAGUAUGAGAACCCCGAGCAAAACCAAGGACGCACUCAGCAAAGUUCUUCCUCUGCGUUGGUCCCUUGGCUCUAAAGACCGCCGAAAACCUGAGCCGACGCCCCCUUCAGUCCAAGACCCUGCACCGGUGGAGCUGGUCCAGUAUCUAGAAUCAGGGAGACGCCCAAAAUGCACAAAAGACCCCAUAGAAUCCCUGAUGACUGGACCCCCCAACGCAAGAGAAGGCGCUCAGGGGCAGGCUGCAGCGGUUCGGUCCUCCAGCGCGGCUAGCAUGAGCUGUUUGGCUAAAUCGAGGGAGGAUUUGGCGUCGGAGUCUCCACAGGUGCCACAGGGUCAGCGCAGGCCCUCUGAGAAAACAGGGAGUUUAAGACACUCCAAAAAAGAUCCACCCAGAGACGAGCCGACAGCCAUGAGCAGCAGUUAUAGUAGCAACACACUGACCAGAAGGAAGGACUCAAAGAAACACAACUCCUCCAAAGACGCUGAAAGCAGGAGGGGCAGCGCCGUACAACCCAGCUACAGCACUCCCAGCCUACACGACGGCACUUUGGGACGGAGCAAAGCCGAAAAAACAGACAAACGCAACGUAAACGAAGGACAUUCCAAAGCGAAAGGCGACGCAACCAAGAACCAAGAAGGGCUACUGUCUUUCCUUAAGGGUAAUUUGCUCAAGAAAGAUUCGAAAAAGUCCAAAGAUGUAGACUCUAGGAAGGCGGAGGAAGGAGGAGGUAGAGGGACUUUGUCUAGAUUGCCCUUGUCCAAUGGAGCGCCCGGAGGUGGGACCGUCGAUAAAUCCAGACCCAAAACUUCCAGCGCUACGGGAGGUGAGCUUGCGAACGGAAAACCAGGAAGGACAUCGGAGAUCAAACGUUCCCAAAGCUCCUCCAACAUUCCCACUAAAGCGGAGCAGAGCGUGAGGAGGACGGCGUCGCUCCACCGCAACGGGAUGACGUCCAGUGGCCACGCCCCCUCCCGCAGCCAAACCGCAGACAACAACAAGUCUUCAUACGGGACGCUCCAGAGAACUCGGUACAGCACAACCUCCCUGGGCAGGAAAAGGACAGUCCCAGAGUCGAGUUUUUAGUAACGUUAGCUUUGACCGCAUAUAGCCUUUACUUCAUCUUGUACAGGUGAAAGCAAUAGAUCGCAGAGGUGCACCUUUUUAUACGGCGCCAGCAGCUGAAGUUUUUCGGACUUUUGAAGGACAAACACAGGGAUCCACAGCAAGAAGCAGAAAGAACAGCGAAAACUAGAUACUUAAAGAGGGGGUAUGAU